UGUAGGCAACAACGUAGCUUUUUUUUUUAUUUAUUUUCGUUUCGUUUUGUUCUCUAUCAUAUUACCACCCGACAACCACCUGUUGAAACAGCUUCGGUAUUAUUCCCCAUCAUACGUUGUCUUAUUAGGAAAAUAUUUCUUCAAGUAAACUACUAGAGUGAUAUGAUUUAAUAAUUUUAUUCCAAGUUUAAGCUGUAUAUUUUCUAAAAGACAGAGCAAAAAAAAAAUAAAUAAACAAUAUAUAAACAAGCAAAUAUUGAAGGUUUAGAUAUUUACAAAAUCGUCUGAUACUUUAAAUACAAAAUCGAAACUAAUAGCAUAACAUACUAAAGCAAAGACCAUAUUUACAUAUAAAUGAAACAGCGAUGGGAGAUAUGGAAAUGAGAGGAAGGAAGGGAGGGCACAAGUCGUUUCCUGCUACGGUGGCGGCGCAACCACCGUCGCACAACUGGAGAUCCCUAAGUUUUUGCGUCAAUUUGAAUUGCGUCCCUUGAUGCACUCUCCACCGUCACGUAGACCCUUGAGUAGGAUGAUGGCGAAGCGAGAGGUCUGCUAGAGGAAGAAGGGGAGGACUGGUAUACCAGCUGAUCGCCGGCUCGUUCGGUUAGUGUCCACCGUGUCCACUUCACCAACAAAGACAAAAACACCCGAGGACACGAUCUAAAUUCCAAGAGCAAGAUGAGUGUGGUUUCCACAUCUCCAAAUAGCAGUUAUCCUCCUGUUAAAGAACCUAAUAAUUUGAUGUGUCGAUACUGUGCUAUGCAGUUUGACACGGAGGAUGAGCUCAAUGCUCAUGUACUUUCACAUUCACGUGGGGCUGCUCCUUUGAAAUGUACACUGUGUGGUCAAACAUACCGCACUUCAUCAAAACUUCAACGUCACAUACGGGUACAUAGUGGAGAAAAGCCAUACAUCUGUCAUAUAUGUGGACGCCGAUUUUCUCGCUCGGAUCAUCUGAAACAACACGCAAAAGUGCAUUCUAACCACCGAACGAAGAAUACUUGUAGAAUCUGUAACGCAAGGUUUGUGGCCUCCCAUCUAUUAAAAUCUCAUCUACGUAGUCAUGGAAUAAAAUCUGUCCAGACGUGUGAAACUUGUGGAGAGGCAUUUGAAACUCUCAUCGAAUUAGACAAACAUCAAAAGUUACAUGAAGUAAAACAAAAUACGGUUGGGAAAGUACGGAGAAAAAAUAGCCUAACUCCUGAAGAAGUGUCUAAUGGUGAUACUGAAACAACUGAAGAGCCACCUGUUAUUGAAGGUGCAAAAUGGACUGGCUGUGCACGUUUCUGUUUGGUAAGCUCUCAACCAGCAGAAAAUGAAACAAGCACCUAUAGCAUUGAAACAGUUGAAAACAGUGAAAAAAGCUGGAUGAAAAUCCUUGGCCAGCUAGCAGAAGCUGAUUAUGCAGAACACAAUGCUGCCAAGAGUGAAAAUUUAAAUGAAACUGUUGUAAACUAUGACUUGUCCCAGAAAUCCAGCACUAUUCACAGCACUAACUUAGAAGAGAAUAAUAACCAAAUGUUAGAGACUAAGGAAAUUAGUGAUCAAAUAAAUGACUCCAGCACAAAAAGUCUAAGUCCUCUUCUAACUAUUCAAGAAUCUGCUAAUGAUGAAGAUGAUUUUGUUGAUGAGGAAGAGGAAGAGGAGGAUAAUGAACAUUCAGAGGACAUAAUAAAAUCCUCAACUAUUAAACAUGAGCCUGGUGGUGAUAUUGAAGAAGAGGAGGAAGGUGGUGAGAACGAUGACGAAGAAGGGGAGGAGGAUAUUGAACCAAACUGUGAUGAGCUAUCUUGUGAUGAAAGAAUGGAAGUGAUAGAAGCAAGUGAGGAGUUUAGUGAUGAUGAAUCAACAAAUGCUGCCCUAAAAGUUUGUUACUCACUGGUAGGCAGUGGGGAAGAGUUUGAAAACAUAGAAGCUGAAACAAUUACUGAUGGUACCAAAAUGUUUGUUGUACCUAGCACUUCUGACUUUGAGAAAAAUGACCAAGAAGAUGAUAUUUCUGAUAACAUAAGAAAUGGCGAAGUAGAUUUUGAUAACCAACAAAUCAGUUAUACAAUAAGUUUGGUUGACAAGCAACCUCUGGAAAGUGAUCAAACUGCCAACAACAGCAGAACCGGACCAUUUCAAAUUGGUAACAAAAAAAUCAGCAAUUGCAAACAUUGCGGGAUUUGGUUUGAAGAUUUUGCUAUCUACAUGUUACACAACAGUCUACACCUUGGAAAUGAUGAUCCAUUCACCUGUAAGAAAUGCCUUAAGAAACUAGGUAACCGCCUGGAAUUUAUGGCACAUCUUAUGUGGCAUUUGGAGCCACCUGUGUCCGCAUGAGCUGAUCAACUAGCUUUUUACUUAUUUAGAGGACUGCACUACAUUAAAUUGACUGGUUCUGUUGGUAAAAUGUAAACUACAAGCUGUAUAUCUCACUCAAGAGAUCACAAUUUUCACCCUAUUUCUCGAGCCAUAAUAUUUGUCUAUUAUUUACACCUUCCGUUAUCUUGCCUGUAAACAAAAGAUCAUCAAGUAUGGAAUCACUUUGACGGCUGUUAAUCCAGAGCAAAUUUUGAAGUUUCUUUUCAGUUUUAUUUAAAUAGCUAUUUCUUCUUUGUCACAUCUUUCUUCUUCUUUUUCUUCUUCUUCUUCUUCUUCUUCUUCAUCUUCUUCAUCUUCUCUUUCUUAUAUAUAAUUUGCCCUAGAUUACUGUUAUUCUACACCAGUUUCUUUAUUUUGUUCUAUUGAAUCAGUUAAAUAGUAUAUUAACUUGCAAAUUGUUGACCUUCAGUUUUAUGAAAAAAAAAAGUCUAUUCUCUUGUUGACCUAUUGAAAAUUUUAUUUCAUUUUUAUUUAUUUAUUUUUUAAUUUUCCUUUUUAAUUGUGUCUUUCCAUUUUUAGAAAACCUAUAUUUCAGAAAGAAAGGAACUAGUAUUUUUAUUGUUAAUAUUGUUAUUAGCCUUGUGCCAAGGAAAAAAAAUUAUUACUGUUGUUAUUAUUAUUAUUAUUAUUAUCAUUAUCAUUAUUAUUAUUAUUAAAGAAUUGACAAGGAAGCAAAUUUCAACUACUUUUGCAUAUUAAUUUUAUUUUUACCUGGACACCACUUCUCUUGUAUCAUAUUUCCCAAAUAAUUCCUAUCACUAUGUCAGAUGAAGUUAAAUAUUCCUCAAUCAGAAUAUAAAGUUAUCACAUUUACUGUUUCCCAGUUUCAACAUUGUAUCAUAUUUCCUUGAGAUAAUUCUAAAACUGAUUUCUUUUAAAUUGAUGUAAAACAAAACAAAAUGAAACAAAGGCAUAUAUGAAAAAAACUAUAUAAAAAAAUUUAUUUAAAACCAUAUUUAUUUAUUUCUGAUAAAUUUUAGGGUAAACAUUCAGUAGGUCACUCCAAUCCUUCUGCUUUCUAAAUUGCUUGAGAAUAUUGGCAAAUUAAUCAUUGCCAGGCAAUAUAAAUAACAAUACAAUACCAAACUUAUGCUAUUUCAAAGGGUCUGUUUCUUGAGAGAUGCUACUAAUGUCAGUAUGAAUCCCUUUGCAUACUAAACUAACUGGAACCUUUUUGAUGGUUCUGCUAAAAAAAAGAGAAAAAGGUUUAAAAAAAGAACAAGUCUGUACCAGUGUGUCUUUAUUGUACUGUUUCAGUUUGAAAGCGAAAGCAAUACAUGACAGUGGCUACCAUAAGUCAUAUAUAUAUGUAUGUAAGUAUAUAUAUAUAUAUAUAUAUAUAUAUGUGUGUGUGUGUGUGGAUAUGUAUAUGUGUGUAUUUAUAUAUAUAUGUGCACAUAUAUAUGUAUACACAUGUAUAUAUUAUGUGUAUGUAUGCGUGUAUGUAUAUAUAUAUAUGCAUAUGUAUAUGUGUGUAUGUAUGUAUACACACGCACACACACACACAAAAUAAAACUCAGGAGAGUAAAACAUGUCUGCCAUCAUGUUCAAAGUGAUGCCUUUUUCCACAGUUAGAUAUUCACCCAUUUUUUUUUUUUCUUUUUCUUAAAUCAGAUUUCCUAAAACAAACAAAAAAGAAAAUACUACAUUUAGAAACUUAUAACCAAUUAGUGAAAUUGCUUAUUUAGCUGCUAUUAUUUUAGUUUAUUGUUGUUAUUAUUGUUAUUGUUAUUACUACUAUCAUUAUUGUUCCAUUUGUCUUUCUUUCUGUCAAUCAUUAUUAUUAGUAUUAUUUUUAUGAUUACCAUUAUUAUUAUUUUGUUUG